GCCAGCGAAUGCAUGACGUUACCUCCACUGUUACCAGGAGUAACCACGUUCAUAACAACUCUAUGAUAAACCUGACUCAUUGUUAAUCAGUUGUCCGGUGGAUUCGGCCAGGUAGACUCGACUUUCAUGCUGUUCCCCACUCGGCGUGUUCCAAGCUAACAUUUAUCUACACUUCAGGAAAAAGUUUGAACAGUGUGAUAACACCAAGGAAAUUUGUGUUUCAAGUGUGUGUAUUGUGUUCUAAUCGAUUGUAGUCCUUGGUCAAAAAUCGGAUAUUUACUAUGAUAAUCAACUUUUGGUGACAACAAUGCCAACAUUAUGGGCUUCACGGUUCAGUUCAUGCUAGGUACGUUCCUGGUUCUUCUAUGCUGCGCCUCGAUUAGUACCCAAGUUAAAAAUGAGGAAGAAACGACCGAAAAAACCCAAAUCGAAACGAUAACUGAUGCGAAUCUCGAAAGCAAGAAACCAAAGACUGAAAAUAGUACUGAAAAUAGUGUAGGAAACAAAUUACAGAAACCUGAGGAAGAACCGAAAGAAAGUGGCCGAUCUAUUGAUAUCGAAAAAUAUGUUUCGAAAGAGUUUCAUAAUAAAAAUAAUGUUUACACUUUACCAACUUCACCGGAUACUGAGAAAUACAUAGAUCCGGAUUAUGAUUUCCACGCUACGACUCAGAAGCACCAUGAACAUGAAGAAUUUAGUUACGAGUCGGAGUUAACAACGCCGAAAAGUUCGAUUUUUGAUCACAAAUACAAAGAAGCAGUGGAGAGUGUUGAUCAGAAGUUGGAACAUAUUGAUGAUUCGCAUGAAGUUUCAGCUGAAAGCGAAUCAAAAGAAAGUGUCGACUUGGAGAAACUUUACGAAGAAACGAAGAAGAAUGACACCAAAGCUGAUUUGAAUUAUGUCAAUUUUAAAACUGUUGUUGCUAAUGAUACGGGUAGUAAGAACUCUCUGCGGAAGAAUGUGGUGCUUGAGAGUGGAACAAAUUUAAAUUUCCAAUCUUCCUAUAAUCACACAACGAUCGAUGAAAAUGAUAGUGGGAAUAACACGAUUCCGAAAGAAGAUAAGAAAAUUGAAACCACGACUUUGAGCAAUGUGAUUGCCGUUAAAGGCGAGUUGGAAAAAGCUGAAAGUUCGACUGUUAAAACCACUUUAACAACCCGAAAAAGUCUAGUUCUAACCAAACCCCCGUCAAGUCGAAAUUCGAGCCAUAUCUCAAUUUUGAGCAACAAAAUUGAAACCGAAACCGUCAAAGCGAUCAACCCAACAACAGACAAGCCCAAAGGAGAUAAAGAAAACUUCUCUGAAAGUUACACCCAGAAAACACCUAUUGAUAUAACAAAAAGAGGUUCAGUCAAAUACGCACACACUAUAUCAACCCAACCCACAGUCACGAACAACAUCAAAAAAUCGGAACAACUUUUACAAGAAAAUCAAGUUAUUCCAGUCCAUGUUGAAGCACCCCCAACUGCCAUAAACAGCACAACGGAAACUCCAUCAACAACAACGCCUGAAACCGAAACACGGAUUACUUAUUCAGUCGAAACUAGGAUUAAAAGUGUUUCAGUGGGGACAGAAACACCGACUUACACCACAACUGAAGCUGAAACAACCACUGAAACAACAGAAACUACAUACUUAUCAGACAGUACUGCAUCCACAACGGCCACAACUGAAAAUCCUGAAACAACUGAGUUAGUAACAACGACUGAAAUUGUUUCAAAUGAUACUGCAGAGACUAAAAACAUUUCAAUUACUACUGAAAAUACAGUGAGGACCUCAAAAGGUAUAAAUUUUGGGGAAAAUGUGUCCACGAUAACUACGACUGAACUACCAACAACUGAGAAAAUUCAGCCGACAACUUUUAUUUCGAUAGAAGUAACAACGACCGAAAAAAUGUUCGAAGUGACUCAGGAAACAACAACUGAACCAAUUCCACCGACGAAUUCGAUUCCUAAAAUGUUCUCAGAUGUGGCUGCCCAGACUACGACUGAGAAAAUGUUGAAAGUGACUCAGAAAACAACUGAGAAAAUUCCACCGACGAAUUCAAUUCCGAAAAUGUUCUCAGAUGUGGCUGCUCAGACUACGACUGAGAAAAUGUUCAAAUUGACUCAAGAAACAAGUGAGAAAAUUCCACCGACGAAUUUGAUUCCGAAAAUGUUCUCAGAAGUGGCUACUCAGACUACGACUGAGAAAAUUUUCAAAGUGACUCAGGAAACAACUGAGAAAAUUUCUCCAACGAAUUCAAUUCCGAAAAUGUUCUCAGAUGUGGCUAUUCAGGCUACGACUGAAAAAAUGUUCAAAGUGACUCAGGAACCCACGAAUUCAAAUGCAAAAAUGUUCUCAGAUGUGAUUCCUGAGACUACAACUGAGUUAGAACUGACUACAAUUCAGGUUGCUUCAACUAAUCGCACAAAUUUGGUUGUACCUGUUUUUAAAAAUAUUCCUACUGAGACAAGCGAACCAGACACCACUGAAAACUUCACAAUAACUUCAGAUUCGUACGAAUCCAGUACUGGCGCUCCUGACGACAACAGUGGCAAAACUGCCGCCAUCGCCAUAUCUUCAAUCGCUGCUGUUUGUCUCAUCGUAAUCGCCGGCCUUCUGGUGUUUAUGAAGAAGAGGCAAAAGAGGUUUAAUUAUGGACAAAGAUGCCGGCCUGUGAGCCUCGACGACUACAGUAUGGAUAAUGUCUCCGUGUACAACAGCGUUCGAAGAAAGGGAAUGUUAAGAGGGUCGAAACGUUCAUACGGAAAUCCGGCGUUCGAAGAUCCCGUCACAGUCACCCAUCCGUUGAAUUUCCCCGCUUUGGGAAAAUUUGCAACGAAUUUGGACGACAUAAAAGCCGAAUUUGAAGAAAUCCCUCAAAUCACAGCUCGAACCAACGAACUUCCAGACGGAUGCGAAACGAAAAAUAGAUACGCCAAUGUUAUACCACUCCCCGAAACGCGUGUUUUGUUGAAUCUAAUUGAGGGUUACCCCACCAGUGAUUACAUAAAUGCUAAUUACGUUACUGGACCUAAAAACACGAAGGGGUAUUACAUAGCGUGUCAGGCCCCCAUGCAAAACACUGUGGAUGAUUUUUGGCGAAUGAUUUGGGAGCAACAAUGCAAAGUUGUCUUGAUGGUAACUCAUCUUUUUGAAAACGGAGUCGAAAAAUGCGUCGAUUACCUCCCCCCUUCGGAAGUGCUAGACUGCCACCGCCUCUUCGGUGACUUCCAAGUCACUUUGAAAAAACGCGAAGUCAAAGACAAAUACAUCAUUUCCAGUCUCCAGUUAAAGAAUAUGGUGUCAAAUAGCUGGCGCGAAGUCACCCAUUUCUGGUACAUGGGAUGGCCUGAAAAAGGCGUCCCGACUGAAGCAAAUUCGCUCAUUGCAUUUCUGAUCGAAGCUCGGAGUUACAUGAAAUCGUCGUCGAUUGAUAGGAAGGAGGUUACCAAUGGUAAUUUGGCGAACGGUGGUGCGAAAAACGAAGUGAAUCCUGUGGUAGUGCACUGUAGUCCUGGAACAGGACGAACAGGUGUGGUGAUAGCUUGUGAUAUUGCGAUAAGAGAGUUUGAACAAACGCGACUUGUUGAUGUACCAAGGAUAGUCUAUAAGAUUAGACGAGAUAGGGCGAGUGCAGUACAAACUAAGGAACAGUACGCAUUUAUUUAUAAGGUGAUUAGUCUUUACGCAACUAAACUUACAGGAGGUGCUUUAGAUUCGUUGUAGUUUUAAUUAGUGGUCAAAAAGCUUCAAGCGUUUGUGAUAAAUUCAUGUUUUAAUGUACAUUUUUUAAGUCCUGAAGUUAAAUGUAAAUAUUUUCAUGUAUAUAUGUUAGUCCUUGCUCUCUAUCCAACUUAUUUAGUACAGUUUUGUGUAGAUAGAAAUGUUAUAUUGUACAAUAUUAAGCCUUGUUUAUUGUUAUUUCUUUAGAGAUUUAUGUUGUUGAAUUCACAUUUGAUUGUGUUCAAUGAUAAAAAAUAAAAUUAUAUAAACUGAA